AUGGACACUCCGCACUUCGACAAUGCAGAAAAGGCACUCCUGUUUGCGCUGCUUGACGUCCACCGAGGCAAAGCCAACUUCUUCAAGGCGAUCGCCGAUGACAUGAAUCGACACUUCAAAACAAACCGGUUUUGCAAGGAAUUGUUGCACGCCUGGUUGUCAUCGGCUGCGUGCAGGGGGAGAACGGAGGAUAAACUGAGGGAGAUGAGGGAGAGAGGGAGCGACAGCUUAAGGCGCGGCACCCUUCCAAAAGAGUACUUCGAUAUGGCGAAUCGAUAUCGGCGGGAGUAUGGUCUGGAAGGACUCCAUCCCGACUACAUGUCUCGUCGUUCCGGAAUUUUACAUGAAAAAGGCGAUCGGGCUGCGAGCCAGAGCCCUUCUAAAAGCCUCAUAGUCAAGCUCAGAACGAGGCCUAGGAUCCGAAUUUGGCUAAGGCCUCAAACUGCCCCGACACCAAAACGAAGGUCUUCCAGGCUCCAAGCAAUGCGCGACGCGCACGGGCCCGAGAAGAGCGGACACAACCAGUCUCAGCAACAUGGGAAUGACAGUCCAUACGUUCCCUCUACGGAGAUUUCCGACAACUCCGACCAGAAUGAUUUCGCUCCGUCUUUCACUCGUACACGGGCAUGCGGAGCAAGAAUUCCCGAUACGAGCACCACGCUGCCAGUCUCUGAAGAUGCGGGUCCCAUCGUCAUUCAUGACGACUCUUAUUUCACGCCGACGACGGGUCACGCAUCCUCCACCCACAGAGAACGAGAUGACCAGUCCGCCAUGAGUUUUCAUGACUGUUUCCCAAAUACCAACUCGAGCACUGGAGCGGGUAGUGAUCGGACCGACGACCCCGCCCUAAUAGCCACGAAUGUGCUACUCGACUCCGAAUGUCAGACGCUGAGGGCCGAAGUUGAGAUAUUGAAAAACCAGAUCACCUCGCAGAAGCAUGUAAUAAACGAAUACGAGCAUAAGAUAGCUCUCGAGAGUCAACGUAACAAAGAUUUCGAAAGGAUUCUCAAAGACAAUCUUGCAGAUAGUUUGGGAAGGAUCCUGGAGCAUAUGCUUACGAGAGACCGGGAGCGAGAACGCAUGGCAAAGACUUUCAACACAGUCUUUGGAAGCUUGGAAAGCAGAGAAUUCCCCCGGAACCCCUCGUUCCCCGUCUCACGACAGAUGUGGACGCAGCUCCGGGACUCUAUCAAGUGCACCCUCGGUGCCAGAGAGCAGUUCUUCCCGAAGCUUUGUGUCAGCGAUCUUCCAGAUGCUUUGCGAGACGAGUUGGAUGUGCUCUUAGCAGAAGAUGCCGGAACUGGGGAGCAUUACGCCAAAUUUCUGAGCGAGGCAAAGGCAUGGCAGGUCAUGAGAGCUCUAGUCGGGCGCCUUCUAUGCAGCUGGGUAUUCGAAUCUGCCUACCCAGACUUCCUCAGCGUCAAAGACGGCCCGACAAGAGUCCACGAGUUCCACCUCGCAGUGUGCAAGCUCCUCACCGAUGACGAAUCCUUUAAAAAGGAGGAGCUUCCUCUAAAGGCCACGCAGUGCGCGAACACUAUCCUGCAAAUAUCUCUCCCACUCUUCGAAAACGCGGCCCAAAGCACACGAUUCUGGGGUCAAGAAUACUCUAGCUACUGUCCGCUAAGCGGACUACAGUCCUGCUUUAUGAAGGCGCUGGAGUUUAAAAUCUCGCGCCAGCUCGGCCCCAUGGACCUGCGCUUCCGCAUCCAAUGGAUCUCCGCGGGCACCCGGUAUGAUGAGGAGUGGAUGACAUGCGAUUGCGAGAGCGAUAUUGCUCGCACCGGCCGGGAGGGAUUGAAAGUGAAGCUCUGCCUGUUCCCCGCGCUUAUCCAAUUUGAAGAGCGUGAGCGACGUCCCGAAGCAGGCCCAGCCGGGUUAGCGUCCGCGAUCGUGUACGGGCAGAAGUUCUCCGUGGAUAUCACCAACCAGCAAUUUGCAGACUGCGUCAAAGAAGCGGGACUUGAGGGCGCGUUUCUGGUAGCUAAGGCUACAGUCCUGCUGGAUUAUGGGGCGAAGGUGUAA